AUGUCGUUUCUUUGUUGUACAUGUGUGGAUCAGAGCCAGCGCGGCAUUCUUCAGACUUGCGGUAAGUUCACAGAGAUUCUGAAUCCAGGCUUCAGCUUUGUGUACUGGCCCUUUCAGACUGUCGACUUUGUCAGCAUCAAGGUGACUCAGAUCAAUGUAAACACCCACACCAAGACCAAAGAUAACGUGACGGUGACGGUCACAUGUGCGAUACAGUACUCAGUCACUCCACAAGAAUGUGACGAUUACUAUUUCAAGCUUCACAAUCCUCAUAUGCAGAUCUCAGCCUAUGUAGAUGAUUGCAUUCGCUCACAAAUCCCCACUAUGACCCUCGACGAAUCUUUCGAAUCCAAAGAAUCCAUGGCGGAUGCCGUCAAGUCCCAGGUGGCGCAUUCCAUGGAGCCCUACGGCAUCGAGGUACAUCAGGCCUUGAUCACCAACAUGCAGCCGGACGCUACAGUGAUGGCCGCCAUGAACAAGAUCAAUGCAGCCCGUCGGCAACGCGAGGCGGCGAUAGAGAAGGCGGAAGCAGACAAGAUCCUGCAGGUGCGAGCAGCUGAGGCUGAGGCUGAAGCGAAGCACCUGUCGGGCAAGGGCACAGCCAUGAUGCGGCAUGCCAUAACCAACGGCUUCAAGAGCAGCAUCGAGUCGAUGCAAGAGUCUUGCGGUCUACAGCCCUCAGAGGUCGUGCACAUGAUGCUGGUGACGCAGUACAUGGACGUGCUGAAAGACUUUGCGCAGUCAGGCCGAGCGACUAUGGUUGUGCCACACGGGCCUUCCGCUCUCUCCGAUGUCGAGCAGCAAGUGCGAGGAGGUUUCCAGCAAUCUCUUCCCAUGACUUCGAACAGCAUGAUCUAG